AAAUUUCAAAAAUUCAAUUAAAUUUGAACAAUUUAUAGUUUGAAUAAAAAUUAAUCUAAAAUUCGUAAAACCCUAACAAUCAAAAACCCUAGAUUCAGCGGUUGCCGCCAUUGUUGUAUCAGAAACUCAACUAUACAGACGCAGUUCUUCAUCACCGCCGGAAACAGAUUGAUUGUAAGAGAUGGAACACGGUUCUUACUCUGAUCUGAGUAAAUCAACGUUUUGUCUUGUGGACGAGGAUCACACUUUUGCUAAUUCUGUCAGAUUCACCUUGAAUCAAGAUCCAAGAGUGACAUUUUGUGGGUACAGCAUUCCUCAUCCUUCAGAAAACCGUGUUAAUGUCAGAGUCCAGACAACUGGGGAUCCAGCAAGUGAGGUGUUAAAAGAUGGUUGUCAGGAUCUGAUGCUUAUAUGCCAGCAUGUUAGGAGCACUUUUGAGAAGGCAGUUAAUGAUUUUAAAACCAGCAAGAGUGGUGAUGAUAUGGAUAUAUGAACUAGUAUGCUGGAUAUAUAGUUUUAAUUUUGUAUUAGUUAACAUUGUUUGAGCAUUAAAAUAUAGACACUGAAUGUGUUUGUAUCUAUAUACCCAAAUAUUCUAGGACACCAUAUUUGUUACCAAUGUUUGAUGUUGAAGAAUUAUGUCCUGUUUUGUUUUGA